UUCCCGAUAUUUGUCACUAGUACUAUAUGUUCUAGAAUCUUUCUACGUUAUUGAGCAUUAUCACUCUUAUCACAGAUCACAGAAAUGGAUCCUACAAAAUUAUUAACAGAUUCAUCCGUCGUUUGCGGCGUGGUGGCGAUGCCCUAUCCCGCUCGAGGCCACAUCAACCCCAUGAUGAAUCUUUGCAAGCAACUAGUUUUGAAAAGCCCAUCCAUUAUUGUCACCUUCGUCGUCACCGAGGAGUGGCUCGGCAUCAUCGGCGAACAAACCAAGCCGGCUAACAUACGCUUCGCCACGAUACCCAACGUCAUACCUUCCGAGCGUGUUCGUGGUAAAGAUUUUCCCGGAUUCCUUGAGGCCAUCAGCACGAAGAUGGAAGCGCCCUUUGAGGAGCUCCUGGACCGGCUUAAACAUCCGGUGAGUGCCAUAGUGGCCGAUACUUAUUUGGUAUGGGCUGUCGAAGUGGGGAACCGGAGGAAUAUUCCGGUGGCGUCACUAAUGACCAUGUCCGCGACGGUGUUCUCGGUGCUUCACCAUCUUGAGCUCCUCGUGCAGAACGGGCAUUUCCCGGUUGAACUGUCAGAACGGGGAGACGAGCUUGUGGACUACAUCCCUGGAGUCCCAGCUAUGCGUCUUGCAGAUCUUCCUGCCUUUUUACCUGGAAAUGGUUUAAAAGUCAAGCCUCUUAGCUGGAAAUGUGUUUUGUUGGUACCCAAAGCACAGUGGCUGCUAUUCACUUGUGUCCAUGAGCUUGAACCUCAAGUCUUCGACACUUUAAGAGCAGAAUUUUCAAUCCCCAUCUACCCCAUUGGCCCUUCCAUACCCUACUUAGAACUUCGAGGGAAUGCCUCUGGCUCCUCCGAUGAUAUCUUCAAUGGUGCAGACUAUUUCCACUGGCUAGAUUCUCAACCUAUCCAUUCUGUCUUAUACAUCUCCUUUGGAAGUUUCUACUCGGUCUCUGAUGCUCAAAUGGACGAAAUUUUUUGUGGUGUGCGGGACAGUGGUGUUAGGUGCUUGUGGGUGACAAGGGGGAACACCGCUAGGUUUAAAGAUGGUUGUGGUGAUAUGGGGUUUGUGGUACCCUGGUGUGACCAAUUGAAGGUUCUGUGCCACUCUUCCAUAGGAGGGUUUUGGACACACUGUGGAUGGAAUUCCACAUUAGAGGGUGUUUUUGCUGGUGUUCCAAUGCUUACUUUACCCAUAAUUUUUUAUCAAUUUCUCAACUGUAAGCAAAUUGUAGAAGAUUGGAAAGUUGGAUGGAGGAUUAAGCAAGAUGUGAGAUCUAAAGAUUUGGUGACAAGAGGAGAAAUUUCCGAGCUCUUAAAGAGAUUUAUGGAUCAAGAAAACAAUGAGGGGCUCAAACUGAGGAUGCGAGCAAAAGAACUUCAAGAGGCCUGUCAAAGGGCAAUUGUUGAAGGUGGAUCAACUCAAAAUUAUCUUGAUGCCUUCAUCACGGACAUUUCAAGAAGCCAAUCUUGACACAUGAUUUAUCACUUUAUAAUAUGCAAUGGUGUUUUGUGA